CAGCCAGACGCUCCCUCGGGCCGAGCCCGGCCAACGCCCAGCCUGCGAGCCAGCCCAGGACGUCCACCUCCACCUCUCCGCGAGCCUCCGUGCCUCCGGGACCGCCUCGGGGGCCGGGGCCGAGUCGCGGCCUCCGAUCCCCAGCCCGCCGUCGCCGUGGCUGUCGCGGCGCGCUGGGCGCACCUGACCCGGCGGGCGGGGCGGCGGGCGGGGCUCCGGGCCUGACGUGGCCGCUGCAUGGAGCGGGCGUGAUUCAUCAGCCGCCGCGCGGGGUCGGAGUGGGGCGAGCGCAGCGGCAGCCUAGGCGCCCAGGGCCGGGUUGCGGUGGCGGCGGCGGCGGCGGCGGCGUCCCCGCCGGGCCUCGCGUGCGUUCCCCUUGCUGUCUGCGGCCGGCCCCCGGCGAAGGUCAAGAUGGAAGAGAUCCUAAGGAAGCUGCAGAAGGAAGCGUCCGGGAGCAAGUACAAAGCCAUCAAAGAGACCUGCACCUGGGCCCUUGAAACCCUGGAUAGCGUGGAUACCAUUGUCAAGAUCCCUCCACACUUGCUGAGGGAGAAAUGCCUGCUGCCUCUCCAGUUGGCUUUGGAAUCCAAGAAUGUGAAGCUGGCCCAACAUGCCUUGGCAGGGAUACAGAAGCUUCUGGCGGAAGAGAGGUUUGUAUCCAUGGAAACGGACUCUGAUGAGAAGCAGCUGCUCAAUCAGAUCCUGAACACCGUGAAAGUGACGCCUUCCCUCCACGAAGACCUGCAGGUGGAAGUGAUGAAGGUUUUACUCUGCAUAACCUACACCCCAACCUUUGACCUGAAUGGGAGCGCAGUGCUGAAGAUCGCGGAGGUGUGCAUUGAAACAUACAUAUGUAGCUGUCACCAGCGUAGUAUAAACACUGCUGUGCGGGCAACUCUCAGUCAAAUGCUGAGUGACUUGACUUUACAGUUACGACAAAGGCAGGAGAAUACGAUAAUUGAAAACCCGGAUGUACCGCAGGAAUUCAGGAGUCAAGGGUCAACAGUAGAGUCCCUCUGUGAUGACCUUGUCUCUGUGCUCACUGUUCUGUGUGAGAAGCUCCAAGCUGCCAUCAAUGACAGCCAGCAGCUGCAGCUUCUGUACCUGGAGUGCGUGCUGUCCGUGCUCAGCAGUUCCUCCUCCUCCGUGCGGCUGCACAGGGGCUUCACGGACCUCAUCUGGAAAAACCUUUGCCCUGCCCUCAUCGUGAUCCUGGGCAAUCCAAUUCAUGACAAAACUAUCACCUCUGCUCAUAGCAGCAACACGAGUACCAGCAUCGAAUCGGACUCUGCGUCUCCAGGGGUUUCUGACCACGGCCGGGGGUCAGGCUGCUCCUCCACCGCACCAGCCCUCAGUGGGCCCGUGGCUCGGACCAUCUAUUACAUCGCAGCUGAGCUGGUCCGGCUGGUGGGGUCAGUGGACUCCAUGAAGCCCGUGCUGCAGUCGCUCUAUCACCGCGUGCUGCUUUAUCCCCCACCCCAGCACCGGGUGGAAGCCAUCAAAAUAAUGAAAGAGCUACUUGGGAGCCCGCAGCGUCUCUGUGAUUUGGCAGGACCCAGCUCCACUGAACCCGAAUCCAAAAAAAGAUCAAUUUCAAAACGAAAGUCUCAUCUGGAUCUUCUCAAACUCAUCAUGGAUGGCGUGACUGAGGCGUGCAUCAAGGGUGGCAUCGAAGCCUGCUAUGCUGCCGUGUCCUGUGUCUGCACCUUGCUUGGGGCCUUAGAAGAGCUCAGCCAGGGCAAGGGCUUGAGCGAAAGUCAGGUCCAGCUGCUGCUUCUGCGCCUGGAGGAGCUGAAGGACGGGGCCGAGUCGAGCCGAGACUCCAUGGAGAUCAAUGAGGCUGACUUCCGCUGGCAGCGGCGAGUCCUGUCCUCGGAACACACGCCCUGGGAGCCGGGGAACGAGCGGAGCCCUGACAUCAGCAUCAGCGUUACCACGGACACGGGUCAAACCACUUUGGAGGGAGAGUUGGGUCAGACCACACCCGAGGACCACUCCGAAAACCACAAGAAUGGCCUCAAGUCGCCAGCCGUCCAGGAGGGCAAGGAGACUCUAAGUAAAGUGUCAGAACCAGAAGCCGUGGACCAGCCAGAUGUGGUUCAAAGGAGCCACAUGGUUGCCUACCCCGAUAUAACUAACUUCCUGUCCGUUGACUGCAGGAUGAGGUCCUACGGAUCCAGAUACAGUGAGAGCAAUUUCAGCAUAGAUGACCAAGACCUCUCUAGGACGGAAUUUGAUUCCUGUGAUCAGUACUCGAUGGCAGCAGAAAAGGACUCGGGGAGGUCUGACGUGUCGGACAUCGGGUCCGACAACUGUUCUCUAGUUGAUGGGGAGCAGACCCCUCGGGACUGCCUGGGCCACAGGUCCCUGCGGACUGCGGCUCUGUCUCUCAAACUACUGAAGAACCAGGAAGCCGAUCAACACAGCGCCCGGCUGUUCGUGCAGUCCCUGGAGAGCCUCCUGCCGCGCCUCCUGGCCCUGCCCAGCGUGGAAGAGGUGGACUCGGCCCUCCAGAACUUUGCCUCUACCUUCUGCUCAGGCAUGAUGCACUCCCCGGGCUUCGACGGGAACGGCAGCCUGGGCUUGCAGAUGCUGAUGAACGCGGACAGCCUGUACUCGGCCGCGCACUGCGCCCUGCUGCUCAACCUGAAGCUCUCCCACGGCGACUACUACCGGAAGCGGCCCGUCCUGGCGCCAGGCACCAUGAAAGAGUUCAUGAAGCAGGUCCAGACCAGCGGGGUGCUGAUGGUCUUCUCCCAGGCCUGGAUCGAGGAACUUUACCACCAGGUUCUCGACAGAAACAUGCUCGGAGAAGCCGGCUACUGGGGCAGCCCCGAGGACAACAGCCUUCCCCUCAUCACCAUGCUGACUGAUAUCGAUGGCUUAGAGAGCAGUGCAAUUGGAGGGCAGCUGAUGGCCUCAGCUUCUAUGGAGUCUCCUUUCACCCAGGGCAGGAGAAUUGAUGACUCCACAGUGGCAGGUGUGGCGUUCGCUCGCUACAUUCUGGUUGGCUGCUGGAAGAACUUGAUCGACACUUUAUCAACCCCCCUGACCGGCCGAAUGGCGGGGAGCUCCAAAGGGCUGGCCUUCAUUCUGGGAGCUGAAGGCAUCAAAGAACAGAACCAAAAAGAACGCGAUGCCAUCUGCAUGAGCCUCGAUGGGCUGCGGAAAGCAGCACGGCUGAGCUGUGCUCUAGGAGUUGCAGCCAACUGUGCGUCAGCCCUCGCCCAGAUGGCAGCUGCCUCCUGUGUCCAGGAAGAGAAAGAGGAAAGGGAAAUCCAGGAGCCCGGUGAUGCCAUAGCACAAGUGAAACUAAAAGUGGAGCAGAAACUGGAGCAGAUCGGGAAGCUGCAGGGGGUAUGGCUGCACACAGCCCACGUCCUGUGCAUGGAUGCCAUCCUCAGUGUCGGCCUGGAGAUGGGCAGCCACAACCCGGACUGCUGGCCACACGUGUUCAGGGUGUGCGAGUAUGUGGGCACGUUGGAGCAUACCCACUUCAGCGACGGCACCUCUCGGCCCCCACUGACCAUCAGCCAGCCUCAGAAGGCCCCCAGAGGCGGACUCCUCGGGGACCCGGAGAGCGAGGGCUCACCCCAAGAGCAGAGCCUGGAGCAGGGGAGCUCCCUGAGCGCGGCCCCCGUCAUCCAGCCCCUCUCCAUCCAGGAACUCGUCCGGGAAGGCAGCCGAGGCCGAGCCUCCGACUUCCGUGGGGGCAGCCUCAUGACGGGCAGCAGUGCCGCCAAGGUCGUGCUCACGCUCUCCACCCAGGCCGACAGGCUCUUUGAAGAUGCUACAGAUAAGUUGAACCUCAUGGCUCUGGGAGGUUUUCUUUACCAGCUGAAGAAAGCAUCACAGUCCCAGCUUUUCCAUUCCGUUACAGAAACAGUUGAUUACUCAUUGGCAAUGCCAGGAGAAGUGAAAUCCACCCAAGACCGAAAAAGUGCCCUCCACCUGUUCCGCCUGGGGGACGCCAUGCUGAGGAUCGUGCAGAGCAAAGCGAGGCCCCUGUUCCACGUGAUGCGCUGCUGGAGUCUUGUGGCGCCACACCUGGUGGAGGCUGCUUGCCAUAAGGAAAGACACGUGUCUCAGAAGGCAGUUUCCUUCAUCCAUGAUAUACUGACGGAGGUUCUCACCGACUGGAAUGAGCCACCUCAUUUUCACUUUAAUGAAGCGCUCUUCCGACCUUUUGAGCGUAUCAUGCAGCUGGAGUUGUGUGACGAGGAUGUCCAAGACCAGGUCGUCACAUCCAUCGGUGAGCUGGUUGAAGUGUGUUCCACCCAGAUCCAGUCGGGCUGGAGGCCCUUGUUCAGUGCCCUGGAAACAGUGCACAGUGGGGACAAGUCUGAGGUGAAGGAGUACCUGGUUGGUGACUACUCCAUGGGAAAAGGCCAGGCUCCGGUGUUUGAUGUAUUUGAAGCUUUUCUCAACACCGACAACAUCCAGGUCUUUGCUAAUGCGGCCACUAGUUACAUCAUGUGCCUUAUGAAGUUUGUCAAAGGACUGGGGGAGGUGGACUGUAAAGAAAUCGGAGACUGUGUCCCAGGAUCCGGAGCCACGUCCCCAGACCUGUGCCUCCCUGCCCUGGAUUACCUCAGGCGCUGUUCUCAGUUGUUGGCUAAAAUCUACAAAAUGCCCUUGAAGCCAAUGUUCCUUAGUGGGCGACUCGCUAGCUUGCCCCGAAGACUUCAGGAGCAGUCAGCAAGCAGUGAGGAUGGAAUUGAGUCAGUCUUGUCUGACUUUGAUGAUGACACUGGUCUGAUAGAAGUCUGGAUCAUUCUGCUGGAGCAGCUCACAGCAGCUGUGUCUAACUGUCCACGUCAGCACCAGCCCCCGACCUUGGAUUUGCUCUUUGAGCUGUUGAGAGAUGUUACCAAAACACCUGGACCAGGGUUUGGCAUCUAUGCAGUUGUUCACCUUCUCCUUCCUGUGAUGUCCCUUUGGCUUCGCCGUAGCCAUAAAGACCAUUCUUACUGGGACGUGGCCUCUGCUAACUUCAAGCAUGCCAUUGGUCUGUCCUGUGAGCUGGUGGUGGAGCACAUUCAGAGCUUCAUCCACUCAGACAUCAGGUACGAGAGCAUGCUCAACACCAUGCUGAAGGACCUCUUUGAGUUGCUGGUGGCGUGUGUGGCCAAGCCCACAGAAACCAUCUCCCGAGUGGGCUGCUCCUGUAUUAGGUACGUCCUCGUGACAGCGGGCCCCGUGUUCACAGAGGAGAUGUGGAGGCUGGCCUGCUGUGCCCUGCAGGACGCCUUCUCGGCCACGCUCAAGCCGGUGAAGGAUCUGCUGGGCUGCUUCCACAGUGGCACCGAGAGCUUCAGCGGGGAAGGCUGCCAGGUGAGGGUGGCGGCUCCAUCCUCCUCCCCCAGUGCUGAGGCCGAGUACUGGCGCAUCCGAGCCAUGGCUCAGCAGGUGUUUAUGUUGGACACCCAGAGCUCCCCAAAGACUCCAAACAACUUUGAUCAUGCUCAGUCCUGUCAGCUCAUUAUUGAACUGCCUCCUGAUGAGAAGCCAAAUGGACACACCAAGAAAAGUGUUUCCUUCAGGGAAAUUGUGGUGAGUUUACUAUCCCAUCAAGUGUUACUCCAGAACUUAUAUGAUAUCUUGUUAGAAGAGUUUGUCAAAGGCCCCUCUCCCGGGGAGGAGAAGAUCCAAGUGCCAGAAACCAAGCUGGCUGGCUUCCUCAGAUACAUCUCCAUGCAGAACUUGGCCGUCAUCUUUGACCUGCUGUUGGACUCCUACAGGACGGCCAGAGAGUUUGACACCAGCCCUGGGUUGAAGUGCCUGCUGAAGAAAGUGUCUGGCAUCGGGGGCGCCGCCAACCUCUACCGCCAGUCUGCCAUGAGUUUUAACAUUUAUUUCCACGCGCUGAUCUGCGCUGUUCUCAGCAACCAAGAAGCCAUCACUGCUGAGCAAGUGAAGAAGGUCCUUUCUGAGGACGGUGAGAGGAGCACAGAUUCCUCCCAGCAGUGUUCAUCAGAGGAUGAAGACAUUUUUGAGGAGACCGCCCAGGUGAGCCCCCCUAGAGGCAAGGAGAAGAGGCAGUGGAGGGCUCGGAUGCCCUCCCUCAGUGUCCAGCCCAUCAGCAACGCGGACUGGGUGUGGCUGGUCAAGAGGCUUCACAAGCUGUGCAUGGAGCUGUGUAAUAACUACAUCCAGAUGCACUUGGACCUGGAAAACAGUAUGGAGGAGGCACCGAUCUUCAAGAGCGACCCUUUCUUCAUCCUUCCCUCCUUCCAGUCGGGGUCAUCCACCCCGUCCACUGGGGGCUUCUCGGGGAAAGACACACCUUCCGAGGAUGACCGCAGUCAGACCCGCGAUCACGCGGGCGAGCCGCCGAGCCUGAGGGGGACCAGCGGGGAAAUGCUGCUGCUGCCCCCGAGCCCCAAGGUAGAGAAGAAGGACCCCAGCCGCAAGAAGGAGUGGUGGGAGAACGCCGGCAACAAAAUCUACACAAUGGCAGCUGACAAGACCAUCUCAAAGCUGAUGACCGAGUACAAGAAGAGGAAACAACAGCAUAACCUGCCCACCUUCCCCAAAGAGGUCAAGGUGGAGAAGAAGGGAGAGCCACUGGGGCCCAGGGGCCAAGGCUCCCCGCUGCUCCAGCGGCCCCAGCACCUGAUGGACCAGGGGCAGAUGCGACACUCCUUCAGCGCUGGCCCCGAGCUGCUGCGCCAGGAGAAGAGGCCCCGCUCGGGCUCCACCGGCAGCUCCCGGAGUGUCUCCGCAAGAGACGCCGAAGCCCAGAUCCAGGCAUGGACCAACAUGGUGCUAACAGUUCUCAAUCAGAUUCAGAUCCUUCCGGACCAGACCUUCACAGCGCUCCAGCCAGCAGUGUUCCCAUGCAUCAGCCAGCUGACCUGUCACGUGACUGACAUCAGAGUUCGCCAGGCUGUGAGAGAAUGGCUCGGCAGAGUGGGCCGUGUCUAUGACAUCAUUGUGUAGAAGACUCACAUUCCAUUCCCAAGGAGAUACACUAGGAGGGUUUAGAGUAUGUCUGCCAAUCCAGCUGAUAGCAUUUUCCCCACCACCAGCCCCCGUGACUCGGAGAACACCCAGUUGCUCCCUAACUAAUCCGCACUGGGGCCAUUCUGGAUACUAAGGUUGUAUCUGGAUGACACAAGUGAAACUCUAAAUUUGCACAUAAUUUCAGAAGACUCUACAUUCCUUGACACAUUUCUAAAUCUUAUUUCCCAAUGCCUUUGCCUGCAAUAUUGUCCCCAAAUGAGUCACUUUCAAGGGCCACUCCUUUGAAAACAUUACAUUGAUCCAUCAUUUUAUUUAUUUCUUUAUGACUACAUCGGUCAUUUACUACUCCACCGGGUCUUAGUUGCAGCAUGCAUGCAGGAUCUAGUUCCCCGACCAGGGAUUGAACCCGGACGAUCCAUCAUUUUAAAAAAUGCAAUAGCUAAAGAAAUGCCUGCUGGUAAGUCAAGCUGAUGUACACAUAGACAUGAUUACCAGACAUGAUUAAUUGGAGGAAGAUUUAUAUUAUGAUUAUGAGUUCGGCAGGGAAGAAAACAGUUGGAAAAAUGUAUUCUUGGGUGUCAUAAUCUUUAAAAUAUUCCAGAACAUUUCAAAAUUAUUCCUACGUUGUCAAGGUUUUCUGGUUGGUAUUUACCAACUUCCUCAUGUAAGGUACUAUUGUGCCUUCACUUCCCUACUUGUAAAGGAAGGACAUUCUUUCAUGGCAGGAUUUUAAGUCUGUGGCAUGGCAGCCUUUGACACAUAGUACUCAGUGGUAUUGGCUGAUACAGAUAGUGCCAAAUGACUUAAGACCGGCCACCCUGACUGUCCCAAUAGUCUUUGCUUUUGUUCCCAACGCAAAAAUGAAAAGGGAAAGAAAAAAUGGUGCCUUAGUUCCUUGUUGCACACACAUUUCCAUGCUCCACAAUUAUCUGAACAUAAGGUAUAACAUUUUGUCUUUAAGAAAACAAAACAACUCAUUUUAUAUCAACACCCUUGGAAGAAAGGAACUCAAGAAUUCACCGUCCAAUGAACAGACUUCUCAGGGAAGGGAGCAGGAAGUGUGGGGUUAGGGAGACAGCUGGAAGGGGUGGGAAAGGAGGUGAUGAUGAAAUCAUUUUAAAUCUGAAAAUAUUAAACAACAAUCGUAUGAAAUUAUGGUAUCGUUCAUACACACUCUAGUCUCAGAAGAAAAUAAAACUACAGGAGAAAAGGACACAGAAUGAAGUUUAGGAAAUGAAGUUUUUCAGUUUAAAAUAUUUCUCCUCUCUGGCAAGUAGAUUUGCCCUCUGUUUGAGGUCUUUUAAUUCAGGCAUAUUUUAACCAGAUAUUUAUUUUCCUAAUUAUUACUAGAAAAUUAAUUUGGAAUCUUUAUCUUAUUAUUUACAGUAUAUUUAAUAUUUCUUAAAUUUUAAUAGUGAUUAAAACUCCUCAGUCAAGCCCACUCACACACAUUCUAAAGAGUUAGUUGCUAAGAGAUAUGUUUUAAUUUUCCCAGCUCCUAAAAAUUAUUCGUAAUUGAAAAUAUUGUCCCUAAAACAUCAGCUCUUAAGGGUGGAAGUAAGGAUUUAAAACUGACAGCUUUAUUCAGUGCUGGUAUUAAAACUGACAGCUUUAUUCAGUGCUGGUAUAAACUUUGUCUUCCUUGGGAAUAUAUAACUAUCUACAAGGUUAAGAGGGAGACAGGGUUCCCUGAUUUAUUUAGGCAAUCUAAAAGAAAGAACCUUAUCAUUCGCUAUGCCAUCCAGAGAUCACCACAGAAUUCAGAAGAUGUUUUUCCAGUUCCACAAAACACUCUUUGCCUUCAGUUUUUGCUCGUUAGACAAUAAUGCAAGUUUAGAAACAGAUCAACAAUUUGAUGUUAACAAGCAAUGAAUCGUUGAGAUAGCAAUAAGUUGUGUUCUAUACUUUAGAUUUUUUAUAUUUUGUAAGUAGAAUUGAAAGUUGGAUACUUUUUUUUUUUUUUUUUAACAAAAGCAGUACACCAUUGUAGUUUUGUUUCUUUUUGUAGCUCAUCUAAGGUUCAUUUCCUUGUGAGCCUGUGAGUAUUCCGCAGUUUACGGGGGCGGGGGGAGCUUCAGCAAAGCAGAGUAUUAUCAAAUCAGAGUAAUUACAAAAUGCUUCUAUCUAGCAACUUUUUAUAAAGUAUAAAAAUUCAAAGGAGGCCAGUCUCAAUUCAUGAAGGUCAUGUCCUGGAAGUUGUUAACCGUUUAGAAGUCAGAAUUCAUUGUCUUGACAGAUUCUCUAUUGUGGGAUUCAUGGCUAGCUUAUGAAAACAAGUUUACCCCAUUCUGUAUUCAAACACUGCUCUAGUACCAACCUAAUUAUGGGUCCCAAGAAUAGAAGAUGAGAGGAUGUACAUCAUUCUUUACCUACAAUCUUGUCAGAGGGUUUUGGUCCCUUCCCGUCAUUUUUUCUGUAGACCACCCCUCCGGCCCACAGCAGUCUUCAACCCACCUCCAUUCCCAACACACUCUGUGCACCACAUCCAUGUCAGAUUUCAGCUGGAAAGUUAGCUAAGUCACAGUAAUACUUCUCAGAGGUAUUUGCAGCUUUCAAAAAGGACGUGGCUUGACGCAAAUAAUCUCCGAGGAAUAGUACACUUCAAGUCACAGAGAAGUCAGUCAAAUCUUCCCAGGGGUGAAGAAGAAAGGGACAUAUGUAAAAACCCUUAGUAGAUGAGCGGUCCCUCCCCACACUGCCCCAUCAGUCCCUCACUCUUCCUGCUGUCUCCAUUUCUGCCUUUCCCCAUCUCUUCUUUCAUUCCCUCCCAUGGUCUCUGAAAGACCAAGGUCAAGACAAGCCUUUGUAGUUACAACGGCUAUUACCAUAUAUUUUCAGAUCUAAGCAGAAUAAGAUUUUUAUUGCUUUUAGUUGCCUGUAUUUACUGCCAAAAGUGUGCUACCCUCUGGGUGAGAUUUAUUCUUUUUCUAAUAUUUUGGUAGCGUUCAUCUUUUCCAAAGUGAGGAAGCACGCUAGAAAACUCAGAGUGCAAACGAGUUCCUGACUGAAUAGCCCAGCCAAGUGCACCGCACCACACUCUGCAACAGAUUUCUCCUUGCCAUAGGAGGUCUUAGAUUUGAUGCAGGGCCAAUAGAUUGUUCAUAGGCUCUCUCCUACCUCUUGCAUCUCCUGAUCAGCUUUGACAGAUGCUUAGGCUGUCUCUUUACACCCUCUUGUCAUCUCUCCCCUUAACGAUUAUUUUCCUGCCUCCUCCAUCAAUACAAAACUAGGGCAACUUUUACCACUUUUAGGCUAUUUAAUGACUGACCAAGGCAGAUGCUAACAUAGAAAACAGCUCAGACUAAAUCAAACAUGACCAAAUGUUAUCGAUAAUUCCAAAGUACCUUUAAAUUGAAACUUCUUGGUACAGCGAUCAGUAGGCUUUGUUGUUGCUGUUCUUAUUGUUCCAAGGAGAGGGCUUAUACAGAGUCAGUUGAGAGAGUCAAAUAGCCUUAACUAUAAGAAGGUAAUGCAAUUAUAUAAUAGAUAUUUUUGACUUCCCCAAAUACAUCAUAGUAUUGCUUACGUAGGAAAGUUUUCUUUCUCAGAAAGAAAAAUCCGUUUGUGUCAGUCCUAUCAAACUAAGCAAAAUGAAGACCUCUGGGGCUUCCCUGGUGGCGCAGUGGUUGAGAGUCCGCCUGCCGAUG